AUGCCACCACGACGAAAGAGAGGUGCUGCGACCAAGGAAGUUACGAAUGGAGAUUCGUCACCGCGAACUACCAGAGCUUCUGCUGCUAAAAAGGCGAAAGAGACAACCACAGAUUCUAAACCCAAACGAUCCAGCUCGCCUCAAAACUCAGAACUUGCUUCGACUGUAGAGCCUAAAGUGAAAAGCAAGGGCAAGAAUACCAAGCAGCCUGUUGUUGAACCUUCGGAAGAAGAAGAUGAAGCCAUUUCUCAUACACCUAACCAAGAGGAGCCAGAAGAAAAUAAGGAAAACGAGAAUGUCGGCAUCAAGAGCAAAUUAAAGAAAGUUCAAAGCCCUCCUCGCAAUGGACUUCUUACAUCAGCCCUUGGAAUCAGCCUGGAAAAUACACCUGUCACUCGAUCAAACAAGAGACAGCACGAUGGCGAAGAUACUGACGACAGUCCUUCUAUUGUCUCCCGAUCCAAGAAACAUAAGAACAGUAUUUUGAGUAACGGUGAAGCCAAUACUUCUUUGUCAACAUUGUCCCAGCCGCCCAAGAAAGCUGUUAAAAAGCCUUGGCGAACUGGAACAGCUACAGCUGCCAAUUCUGCUGAAACUGCUAGCAAGGAAGGGGGUCCCACUGGUACAAUUGAUGAAGACACAAGUUCCAAGUCCAAACCCAACACAACCGAAAAACCUCUAUUAAAGGAUAAGUCUUCCAACCCUCAUAUUAUCUCUAAGGUGACGAAUGGAAUUUCUGCAACUACCGUUAAAAGUAGCACUGUAACUAAAACCGAUAAAGUGGCUCUCAGUAACCCACGCCUCAUAUCCAACUCAAGUGUGACAGGCUUAAUUAGCCCUUCGAAACCAGCUCAUCCAGGAAAUUUAGCAAGUUCUAUCAGUUCCCAUGGUCGGCUAUCACCAACCAAGUCACAUCCCAGAGUAGCUGUGGGAUUAUCUCCUUCAAAACACGGAGCCUCGGACUCAACCCUUUCUUCUGCACUCACCAGUUUUACUGUUAAUGCAGCUAGCGAAUUAGCUGUAAAAUUUGAGAAGCUGCGAGAUUUGAGAGAAACAAAGGCUGAAGAGCUACUUAACGAAUUCAAACUGGCAGCUGAAGCGCGAUUUCAAGCGAGUGACGAAUUAAUCCGCGAGCUGAGGUUGCAUGAAGAAAAAAAUCAGCAUAGUCAAGAUCAGGAAUUGGUAGACGCAAAUAUCGCACUCCAAAAUCUCCAACAGAAUGUAGCUAAUCUCAACAGUGAUCUUGAGGCUGCAAAUGAAGAAAUCUCGCUAUUAAAAGCCAAGCUGGAAGCAAAGGAGAAUCAACAAUCUCAAAAUAUGAGUAAUCUUGCUCUAGGUAUCUGUAGUGAUUUGAGUGGUUUGGUCAUCCUCAAAGUUCUAAAUGAGGAAGAUGAAUAUACCUAUGAAUGUGUUCAAAGUGGACGAAAUGGCGUAUUCAGAUAUAAUCUUUCAGUCGCAAAGUCUGAUUCUAAAGAAGAAUCCCACGAUAUCACCUUCACGCCUCUCCUAACAGAAAAAGACGAACAUCUCACAUCACUACUACCAGAUUAUUUUACUGAGCCCUUAUCUUUCACGCGUGAAGCGGUAAGUAUUUUAUGGUGUUAA